ACAAGCUAAAGCAAAGAAGUUCAAAGGGAAAGCCACCUCAUCAUGCUCUGAGGAAGUUGCUAUGAGUUUGGGUGAGAAUCUCAAAUUACAUGCUGAAAUGAGAGGUGUAGAUAUUAACUUACAAAAGGAGAAGUUAGAGUUCGAAAAGGCUAGAGAAAGGCGUAGGGCUGAGCAGUUGGAAUUAGAGAAGCAACAUAUCAAAGCUCAAAAUCUGAAAAUAAAAUGGGAUAUGCUACAGACGUUGCUUGCAAGAUCUAACCUUAGUCAACAGGAAGAGGCUUUCAAGAACAAGUUGAUGCAAGAAAUUUAUGGAAAUCAGGACGAUUAAUGGACAAGUUAGUUUGUCAUUUUAAUUAUGUAAAAUUGUUGCCAAUUACCGUUGUAAUUGGUUCUUAUUGUUUUUGUUUAUUGUUUUUGUUUGUUUUUGUUAUUGGUUAUCACUUGCUCAUGUACCUUUAUAUUAAAGCUAUUGUGGUUGUAUUAUGUAAUUUCGAUAUUAUGUAAUGUAAAAUGUGUUUGUGGUGAGACUCUCAUGCAUUUAUUUUGCAUUUAAAAGUAAUAAUGAUUCUCAAUAUCCUGAAAAGACUAGUCAAAAAUAACAGUCAUAAUGUCACUGACUUUAUGAGACACAAAGUAUAGACUUGUCUAUUCAUACUUUAAAUUAUGAAUUGUACAAACAUGCAGAAUUCACAUGGAUACAGUGUUGGGAAAAUUUGUGGACAUCAUUUGCUUGGAAAGCUCUAUAACUACCAUGACUUCGAAACAAGACCAUCACACCUUACUCACAUAAAAUACAUAUACAUCAAACACCAUCAACAUGUCUUAUCGUCUCUUUAACAGAUCCUCUUCCUCUGAAUCUAAUGAUGAUGAUGAGAAGAGAAGACAACAAUUUGAAGAAGUAGACGCCAUGAUCGACAAUUAUAUGGUAACUGAAUUCGCUAAUUUUGUGAUGCCAACUCCUGAAAGGCCACCCCGACGACGUCGUAGGGUGGUCGACGAAAAUGGAGAUGUUGUUAUCAGGGUCCGAAGAGGGCAUGAAGAAGGUCAUCAACGCCUAUACAAUGACUACUUUGCUGAACAUCCUGUGUACAACAGUCGAAUAUUUCGUCGUAGAUUUCGCAUGCAAAAGCACUUGUUUUUGCGAAUAAAGAAUGCUGUAGAGGAGAACGACACGUGGUUUGAGCUACGAAGGGAUGCAAAGGGGGAACUAGGCUUGUCACCACUUCAGAAAUGUACGGCAGCAUUGAGGAUGUUAGCCUACGGGAUGGCGGCUGAUCAAGUAGAUGAAUAUCUACGUAUGGGCGAAACCACUGCAAGAACAUCCCUCAUAAGAUUCUCAGAAGGGGUUAUCAAAAUUUUCGGUGAGGAGUACCUAAGGAGACCGACCGAAUCUGAUUUGCAGAGACUCCUUCAAAAUGGUGAGCGACGUGGGUUCCCUGGUAUGAUCGGAAGCAUUGACUGCAUGCAUUGGGAGUGGAAAAACUGUCCAGCAGCAUGGAAAGCGCAAUACCAAGGCCGAAGUGGUAAAGCAACCCUUGCACUUGAAGCCGUUGCGUCACAAGAUCUUUGGAUUUGGCACGCCUUCUUUGGCAUCCCUGGUUCGUGUAACGACCUAAAUAUUCUACAUCGUUCCGAUGUUUUUGAUGAUGUCAUGCAAGGCCGAGCGCCACCGGUUAAUUUCACGGUUAAUGGUCAUCAAUACAACAUGGGCUACUACCUCACUGAUGGCAUAUAUCCACAAUGGGCUGCUUUCAUUCAAGGUAUUACUCUUCCACAAACCGACAAGCAUAGACUAUUUGCGCAACAUCAAGCGGCAGCUCGUAAAGACGUUGAGCGCGCAUUCGGAGUCUUGCAAUCUCGAUUCGCAAUUGUACGACAUCCCUCUCUCGUAUGGGACGAGGACGCAAUGCAUAUUAUCAUGAAGGCUUGCAUCAUCAUGCACAACGUGAUAGUCGAAGAUGAACGACACAAUUUCUUAAUUAUACUGAUCCAUCCGAGUUCAUCGCUGAUCGCCCGCAGCAAAGAGCUAGUACAAGCGCCACUUCAGAAGAAGAUGAGCCUUUCGUGUACAAUGUCGAACGUCCGUUUGACAUGGAGCUCUACUUCACAAAAAGGGAAGCGGUGCGUGACAAACAUGUUCACCUAG